AUGUUUAUUGUAGUAUUGUGUGUGCUUUUCUUCAGUCGUGUCAACUUGAAAGUCUGCAUUCCGGCUUCAGGACCUGCCGGUGUCACUGUUUUACCAAAAAAGGAAGGUCAACCAGAGGUGGAGAGCAGCAUUGUGAACUUUCAAGCCUCUGGCUAUUACUACCAGGGUUUAUGGCGAGCACUAGAUGGCACCAAAGUUCGCCAAUUCACCGGUGCAUCUGCCAUCACUCAGUGUCUAAAAGGCAAAGUGGUCCACCUGUAUGGAGACUCUACCAUCAGGCAGUGGUUUGAGUUCCUCAACGCAGCACUACCAGAUCUUAAGGAGUUUAACCUGGGCAGCUCGAGGCAAACUGGACCUUUCCUGGCCUUAGACUACGAAAACAAAAUCAUGGUGACUUUCCGCCUCCAUGGUCCUCCUCUCCGUUUUAUCGGCUCGAUGAAAGACAUUCGUUACAUUGCCAAUGAACUAGAUGACUUGAUCGGGGUUCCCAACACUGUUGUCGUUUUUGGCAUCUGGGCUCACUUUGGUUCUUUCCCCAUCGAGGUGUACAUCCGGCGGCUACAAAGGAUCCGCAGGGCGGUGGUGCGGCUGUUGGGCAGGGCUCCAAAAACGGUGAUCAUCAUCAGGACUGCAAACCCCAAAGCUUUGUUGCUUGAUGUGGCGAUAAACAACAGCGACUGGUUCUCAGUGCAGUGUGAUAAGGUGCUAAGAGCCAUAUUUAAAGGACUGAAUGUUCAUCUGAUUGAUGCCUGGGAGAUGGUCCUUGCUCACCACCUGCCAAACAACCUGCACCCACAACCUCCUAUUAUUAAGAAUAUGAUGGAUGUUCUCUUCUCCUACACAUGUCCUCAAAAGGGCGGCUAGAUAAUAAUAAUAUAUAAUUUAUUUAUCAGGCACUUAUUCAACAAUUACGCCAAUUGUAGUGUAUAUUAUAUUCUUUGCAAGCUCUUGCGGGAAACAUAAAAUGAGGUCGUGGACCAAUUUUGGCCCCGCAGGCCUUGAAGUUGAGAGGUAUAACAAAUUAUAAUACCAGCCUUAAUAUUAAAUUACAUCCAACUUAACUUCAAAGUCAUACUGUAUAUUCAUAAAAAUAUACCUCAGAAGAUUUGAAUGUGUUUUUUAAGGAACAGUAACCGGUUAUUUUGAUGAUGGUAGGAUGUUUAUCAAAGUAUUGGUGUAACACUGUUAAUGUAUUACACAUACUAAACAAUUAGUUUGAUUUGAUUUGUUGGUGUUUUUGUUCCCAUUAAACACAUUGUUUGACUUUUACUUCUUCAUUUUCUUAUUAAUAAUGGAUUUAGAUUCUGAGCCUUUAGUUUUUCAUUUUGUUUUGUCUGUAUUCGUCCUGUCUCAGUCCUGUCCCCUUUUUUCUGUUCUGUUUGUUUCUAACAUUUUUUUUAAAAGUUCAAUAAACAAAUUGUAAAAAAAUAAAUAAAAAA